UUGAGCUCCAAAGUUGUCGCCUUUGCCAAUCCUAAUCGUCGCCACGAUAAUUUCCGGAGAAUCCCACCGCUCUUUGUUUUCCCGCCAGACCAGCCACAAAUGCACGCACUCAAACCCUGAUGAGUGAUGAUCAGAUCUCUGCGUUUCCUCCCAAACCCACUUUUGGACCCUCUUCUCUCCUCUGCUCUCCUCCACACUCGCUCCCUCUCACCCCACAGAGAAAGGCCCUCCAACUGGAACACAACCCACAGUCUUGUUCGAACCAAUCCACUCCUCUCCCUCUUAGAACAAUGCAAAUCUCUUUCCCAGUUGAAGCAAAUCCAAGCCCAAAUGGUCCUCACGGGCUUGUUCUCAGAUGGGUUUGCCUUAAGCCGGCUAAUUGCCUUUUGCGCGAUCUCAGAGAGGCGAAAUCUUGAUUAUUGCAUCAGGAUUUUGUAUAACGCGCAUGACCCAAAUGUGUUUUCUUGGAAUACUGCUAUUAGAGGGUAUUCCGACAGCGAAAACCCGGAAAAAUCGGUUGUGUUGUACAAGGGAAUGUUGCGAAAUGGUGGGUCGAGGCCGGACAAUUAUACUUACCCUUUGUUGCUGAAAGUUUGUGCUAGUUUAUCGUUGAAAUUGAUUGGGAAUGAGAUUCUUGGGCAUGUGUUAAAGUUGGGUUUUGAUUCGGAUAUAUACGUGCACAAUGCAGUGAUUCAUAUGUUGGUUUCACGUGGAGAAUUGGAGGUGGCACGUAAGGUGUUUGAUGAAGGUUGUGUAAGAGAUUUGGUCUCUUGGAAUUCUUUAAUCAAUGGUUAUGUUAGGAGUGGGUUGGCAUCCGAGGCAUUAAGGCUUUAUCGAGAAAUGGAGGCGGAGAGAGUGAAGCCAGAUGAGAUUACGAUGAUUGGGGUGAUUUCUUCUUGUGCUCAGCUAGAGAAUUUGAAUCUUGGGAGAGAAUUUCAUCGGUAUAUUGUGGAAAAUGGGGUGAAUUUGACACUUCCACUUUCUAAUGCGCUUAUGGACAUGUAUAUGAAGUGUGGGAAUCUUGAAGAGGCUCAAACAAUGUUUGAUAGCAUGGCAAAGAGAACAAUUGUCUCUUGGACUACAAUGAUCGUUGGAUAUGCCAAACUUGGGUUUCUGGAUAUUGCACGGGAGCUCUUCUAUCAGAUGCCAGAAAAGGAUGUUUUUCCAUGGAAUGCGAUAAUUGGUGGUUAUGUUCAAGCCAAGCGCAGCAAGGAGGCUUUGUCUUUGUUUCAUGAAAUGCAAGCUAGUAAUACAAAUCCUAAUGAGGUGACCAUGGUUAACUGCUUAUCUGCCUGCUCACAACUUGGAGCGCUUGAUGUUGGAAUAUGGAUCCACCAUUACAUAGAAAAACACAAUCUCUUUGUAAAUGUUUCCUUAGGAACUGCUCUAGUUGACAUGUAUACCAAGUGUGGGAACAUCACAAAGGCUCUCCAGGUUUUCCGGGAGAUGCCACAAAGAAACUCACUGACUUGGACAGCUGUUAUCUGUGGCUUAGCCCUUCAUGGGAAUGCACAUGAUGCCAUAUCUUACUUCCUAGAAAUGAUAGACAUUGGUUUGGUGCCAGAUGAGAUCACAUUUCUUGGGGUCUUAUCCGCUUGUUGCCAUGGAGGACUGGUGGAAGAGGGUCGUAAGUAUUUUGCUCAAAUGAGUUCCAAGUUCAAUCUUUUCCCCAAGCUCAAGCACUACUCCUGCAUGGUGGACCUUCUAGGUAGGGCUGGUCUUCUGGAAGAGGCAGAAGAGCUUAUUAAAAGCAUGCCAAUGGAAGCAGAUGCUGUGGUUUGGGGUGCAUUUUUCUUUGCUUGUCGCAUUCAUGGGAAUGUUAUGAUGGGAGAAAGGGCAGCUUCGAAGCUUCUUGAGUUGGAUCCCAAUGACAGUGGAAUUUAUGUUUUGCUUGCGAAUAUGUAUGGAGAAGCAAAUAUGUGGGAGGAGGCUAGGAAUGUGAGGAAGAUGAUGAUUGAGAGAGGAGUAGAGAAGACUCCAGGUUGUAGCUCAAUUGAGGUGAAUGGCAUUGUUAAUGAGUUUAUUGUCCGGGACAAUUCACACCCUCAAUGUAGACAAAUUUAUGAAUGUUUAGUUCAGUUAACAAGACAAUCGGAGCUUGUCGGAUGUAUAUAUGAUAUACCUCCAACUGGAAAUAAAUUUCUCCAUAGUGCUGAAAAUUUGGUGAGCAUAUCUGCAUGAGCAGGCACUUUACAAGCAAGACACAAAGGUUGUUUGGCCCUUGCACAGUGUUCAGAAGGUAGCUAGUCAGCUCCAUCUCAGUUACAUUCUUUUCCCAAGUGUUUUAACUCACUGGGGUGGGGAGGCUUCACGAUGCCUACUUUUUAUCAGAGGCCUUUUGCAUUUGCAAGAUUGCAGUUCUUUGUGGACCACGCAUGCCAAGCUACCCUAUUUGUUGUUUCAACUUAUUUGCUGCUCUGAUUUGCUGCUCAAAGCUUGUGAUAUAAAACCAGGAAGAUUGGCUGAUUGGCUUUCUGCCCCACAAGGGAUGUUAUUUGUCAAUUCCAGCUCAGGUCUUGUUCAUGGCAUGUUAGGAAUGAUUAAUAUGCCCAAGAAAACAUUUCCACCCAAUCAAUUGGGACCUCAGUAAACUUGUUAUUGCAGGAAAUUUCGUCACUCUUAUCAUCAAUGAAAGGUAUUAGUGAAAGUUGAUUUAUAUCAAAGACCAACAAGACAUCCAAACAAUGUGAAUAUAUAUAUUUUUUUUUUCAAGUUGUGGACAAGGGGAUUGGUGUCCUUGCAAUUGUGAAAGACCCCAAUGGAGUCUUGCUCGACUGCCCGAACAUCUACUCGGGCAGGCGGACUCCAUGUGCACUUGCUCGGGCAGCCGAACACCUAUUCGGAUAAGUGGACUCCAUUGGAGGCUUCUCACAAUUACAGGGAAUUCCUUGUAAUCCGAAAUUCACUAUGGAUUUUCGAUUUAAAAGUGUUGAAUUUCUUUUCCCUAUUUAACUGGCCACUUGGAUCUGAUUGGCUUGAUUU